AUGAUGAAAGCGAGAGUCUUCAGCGUAGCCUCCACGUCGAAGAAAGCCAAGUUGGCCUCUAUACUGCCGGCGGGUACUGAAAUUACCCGGCAAGGUGCCACCAAUGACUUCAAAAAGGGUCGAAUCAUGGUGGUGAAGCCAGUAGCCAGGGCGUAUAUUCUGUCUGGAAGGAUGAUUUCGAACUUAGCGAUAGGUCGGUGGCUGAUGAAGAAGAAGUGGCCAUUGAUGCUUCUGGUCAUGGUUGGAAUGGUUCUCCACACCACAUCAUUUCUUGGUGGCUUCUCCGAGCUUGGGGAGGUUGCAGGAAAUUCAGGAGCUGUUGUGGUGUCUUUUCCGACGCACCUCUCCUGGACCAUGAUCGCCCUUACGGCGGUGUGCUGGGGGCUGUCCACACUGGCUAUGCUCACAAGGGUUCAUACCCAGCUGCUUUGGAUGACGCUUCGCACCUUCGAUCCUUGGGCGAUCAUCGCCUGCGCCGUACGUGGCUGGGCUGCGCGGAUGGUGUCGCGCUACGCCCUUCACCAGGACCCUGCCCACCUCACAGAGGACGUCUUGGACCUUGUGGUGAUGUUGGAGCUGUCAGCCCUUAUAAUCUUGGCCGAGGCGGCGGAUGUACCGAAGACAACCCAGAAGGUCUUCAUCGCAGCCUGCCUCGUCUACUGUUCCGUCCUCUCAGCUGCACCGCUCUUCCUACCAGACCUCCCGAACUGGGAUCCGGACACCAAGGUGCAGAUCCUUUUCUUUGCGGAAAUGACUCCGAAAAGUCAGUUCAUCAGUGCUUACGGGACGAUGGCCGUCCUCUUGACUAAGGCAGCGGUGAGCGUGAUUUUGCAGAAGAACGAUUUCAUGUUUCUUCGAUGUCACUAUGAGUACUGCUUGGAUCAGCUAGACACCUCUUUCGCCAAACUGGCUGCGACGGACCCCUCCUGCAUAUUCUACUCAGACUUCCGCCGGGCCUUGCAAGAGAUGGGUGUGUCAGACAGCCACAUAUUUGCUGGCUUCAAUGCCCUUGACAUUCAGCAGAGCGGGCGUGUCAGUUUGCAGAACUUUCGGCGCUGUUUGAAGGACGUCUUCACGGAAGCCCCAGAUGCUUCUCAUGUCUCGCUUCUGGCCAAGUUCUGCCAGGAGGCCUUCUGCAACGUGUCAGGUUACGCUUCUCUCGACUCCAUGCUGGGCUUGGUCCUGAGCCAGUGGCGUAAGAUUCGGAUGAACGAGUUUGGCCAACUGCUCUACCACUACCUCAUGCAGGAUCCGGGAGUGGAGCGUCUCUUCCGAAGUGCCAGCUUUCGAACGCAGUCGUUGCUCUUCGCUUCCUUUGUGCAAGUUGGCCUCGGAUGGCUUGAAGAGAAGGACUUUCGACGGGUCGAAAGAGACAUGACCUCCCUGGGCAUGCGGCACGUCGGUUAUGGGGUCCACCCCAGCCACCUCUGCGUCUUCCAGUUGGCCUUGUUGAGGGCGCUGUCCAACCGGCUCAAGGGUCUGCUGCCAGAAGCGGAGAUGGCCUGGUCGGUGGUCUGGCUUCACUUUAUCGCCAUCCCCUUCACACAAGGGCUCCUGACCACAGAGGAGACCGAGAAGAGGGUCGUCACUGGGACGGUCCGGGACUUGCUGCAGCAGGCAACCAGCCACAAGAGCUUCCUGCCCAGCUUGGCAGCAAACUUGAACAACGUGCCGGGAGGCGAGCACAACUGGAGCAACUCCGUCUUCAGGGAUCCAGCUCAUGAGUUGAGCCACAUGGGGAUCUUGGUCUCCUUUAUUCAAGACACCGCCGAGAAGCUGUACGCAGGCGAAAUGCUCGAUGCCCGGAAGCGGCUUCGGCAAGUGGCAACCAUCCACUGGGAUCGUGGUGUUUUUCCAAGGCACAUGCUCACGUUUCAGCACGCUGCGACGAUGACAUUUCGAGAGAUUCUGGGUCCUGAGGUGUUCAGCUCCUUCGCAGAGACGAUGUGGGCCGUCUUUUUCCAAGUAGAGGUGCUGGACGUCCUGCUUCUGGCACCAUUCGCCGAAACUCAGGACAAGGUGGAGUCUUGGGCUUUGAGCUGCAAGGUGCACUUCGUGGACAAGCAUUCCUGGACGCUCUUGAUGAAAAUGGCAUCUUUGGAUGAAGGCCUCGCUUCCAAAGGAUACCAGCGCUUGUGCGCUGAGAGCGGGAAAGAUGUGCACAAGCUGAGCGUGGACGAUGUUGUGAAGACUUUCUGUGACGAAAGCAUGCAGCAUCCAUCGUGGACCUUCGACCGAGUCGUUCAGAACUACUGCUCGACGCCCCCGGCGGUGGCCUUGCUCGAGUGA